AGUGUGUAUUGCGUGAAAAAGUGUUUGAUUUGCUGCAAAAUGUUUCGAUUCUAAUAAUAAAAUUAAAUAACAUCAUGAAAUUUAGUGUUUUUUGAUAAAACUAGUUAAAAUACAAGAUAAACGAAAGUAAACAGACAAGUGAUUCAGCUUAUUUUCUUGAAAUCAUUUACGUUAAUAUUGGUAAAAAUGAAGUAGUUGGCACGUAUGUUGUUUAAACAAAUUUCAUCCCAUUAUCCUUAAACGUGCUCUCACUUGGCCUUUAUCGUCGUACAUUAAACAAAAGCUGGCCUUGUUUUAACAUUUGUGUACUUGCUUGGUUUGCAUUGAAAAAAGAUGGGUCAGGUGUUUCGAUCAGGGUCAGCAUUGCUUUCACAUCGCGACGGCCAUAAAGUAUCCAAGGCUACCGAGGCACGUAUUCAAACGCUCUUUGAAAUUUUACGGGCCAAUCCGAAGGUGUCUAUCCAAACAUUGGAAAGUCUUCUGUUGCAAAUUCCGAAGAAUGAAAACAUUCUUGUAAUACAUGAUGAUUGCGGUUAUAACAUACUUCAACGAAGUGUGGGUCUUAAUCACAUCGACCUCACCAAGUGGUUGCUACAUCGACAUAGGCCAGACGUUAAUCGUAGUCCUUGUUCACUGCCAUUGCAUAUAGCCUGUUUGAAAGGAUAUGAAGAGUGCGUCGAAUUGCUUUUAAAGCACGGGGCUCGAAUCGAUACAGAUUCACGGAUGUGCUUUCCAGGUGUACAUUCACACAACUGUGAGGAAAGUGGCAAGUACCAUGGCAAUUAUGAUGAUGUUGGUACUGCGCCAAAUGUAUGCGAACGUGCAAAUACGAAGUUACAAAACGCCGUUUGCUAUGCUAUUGAUGGUGAUCAAAUUAAUGUACUAAAUAUAUUAGCACAAAAAAUGGAAGAUCCUUGGGUACCCUUUCGGGUUAAGAAGCCAUUGCUACAUUUGGCUUGUGAACGUGGUGCUUGGAAUUGUGUGCAGCAAUUAGUUAUUACACGUUCGGAAGAGAUUAAUUUAAUUAAAGAUGAAUAUUAUCCCAUUCAUCAGGCUGUGUUGCAUGAAGGACGUUUUUUGGAGCUUCUGAUACAACAUGGUGCCGUGACAACUGUACGCACCUGUACCCAACAAAUGACACUCCUGCAUGUUGUUAUUUUUGCAGCGCGCAAAUCGGCUGAAGAUACCUUAAGUACCUUAAGAAUUUUAUUAGAGCGAGGAUGUAAAGAACUCAUCAAUGAACCGGACUCUCUAGGGAAUACGCCACUUCAUGCGCUAAUAGUACGCUAUGCUUUAGAAGAAGCGCGCUAUGGUUACGACAAGUGGAGCAAAUGGGAUGUGCUACAUCUGGUUCGUUUUCUAUUACAAAACGGUGCUAAGAGUUCAAUUAACCAAACGGGCAAUAGUGCAUUGGCAUGUGUAUUUCGACAUGUGCGUGAUUGGGAAGUAUGCUUUGAAUUGCUUAACAUGCUGAUCAAAGAAGACGGCGACCCAAAUAUUGUGGGACGUGAUGGUUCAGUACCAAUAAUGGUAUUGCUUGUUCCAUUGAUUAAUAAGGAUCAACUGCAUCAUUUUACCCACUCAAUGAAGGUUUGUUAUUUGAAUUGCAUUCGCAUUUUACUGCAAUAUGGGGCCAAUCCGAAUUGCUCAUAUCGCUCAAAUUUGACGCCACUUCAUGUAUUGGUAUUUACUGUUAGUGAAAAUUUUACGCUUAAUUGUGAUGCACAAAAACGAACAAACUUCGAUUUUAUUAAGAAUAUAUUGUUAUUAUUAUUGCAACAUGGACUUGAUUGCAAUCAAACGUAUCCGCAUAUACUGCAAGCCGUAUGCGAUAUGGUACAAAAUGUGCGCAACUGCUCAGACAUGCAAUGUAUCUACGAAUUAACACUUACACUAAUACAGUAUGGCGCUGAUCCCAACAUCGUACUGAGUAGUCAGGCGACAACCGGCAGCGCAAUAUUUUCCAACGAAAUUGCCAGCUUUGGUGAAACGCUGUGCACUGGUGGCAGUAGCAAUGGCGCAGGCGCCGGCACAAACAAUGGUGGAGAAGGCACAUUUCGCAACUCGUUUCGUACACACUCCCGUUACUUGCUUUUUUAUUAUAUAAUUUUGAUAACCAAAAAGGAAUUCAUACUAAAUGAUCCAGCACUGACAUUCACACGAAUCAUACACCUGUUUUUCUUAACAAUGCAACAUGGACCGUUAUAUAAUUGCCUUAAAUCGUUGCACAAUUUCUACGUGGCGCAGGUGCCAAAUAAAAAGACCGAACAAUUGAUAUCUCUGAUCACUUCAUUGUAUCGUAAACCGCGUAGUCUCAAGCAAAUGGCUCGUAUUGCCAUCUAUGAGGCGGUUAAUCGCAAACUUGCUCAGAAUGUCAACCGCCUCAAUUUACCAGUUCCACUAAAAGAAUAUGUGCUGCAGUUCGAGAGAUAACAAGUGCAGUUCGCCAUGGAGUGGUGCAGCAAUGCAUUAGUAGUCGAUACAACUCCCCUAUACCCCCUUGAUACCCUUACCCCCCUUUUCAUUACAAAAAAACAAUCAUUUAUUCCAGCAACGAUCUACACAAAUCAAUUGACUAAAUAUUAGUUG